CUCUGGUCGGCUUAACUCCGGCCUACGGCGGGCGACAUCGGCUAUAGCUCGACCUCCGACAGCUGGUGCAGGUGAAGUUACAGUGGACCUGUGUACUGAGAGCACGACAGUUACGCUGUACGGUGAUGUUUAAACAACGAAACUUCCAAACUAUCUAUAACAAUAGAGAACUAUCACAAACAAUAUUUAACAAAGGCAUUUAAAAAUUGUUGUAUUUACUUUCACCGAUUUUACUUACAAACAAAAACAAACCACGUUGCCAAUAUUUCUUUGCUACUCUCUCCGCAAUGUCGAGCAACCCCGCCUCAUCAGCUAUAAACAAGGCAAAGAAGCAAAAGGAAGAAGUCGCGGAUUCAUGGGAGGAUGAAGAAGUGUCUGAGGAUGAGCCUGUGACUACUAUCAAUCAAUCUCAGCCCUCAGAGUUUGCUACGCCUCUCACAUCGCCGCUGCCUAACCCUCCUCCGCCUACACGAAUGUCACCAUAUGAUGCCACUGGAGGAUGGGAUUCACAUCAAUCAGAAGCGCCAAGCUCAUCAUCUGCCAGGAACGACGGUAGGAGGCCAGAGAAGACAGACGCUGUGGCUCGCAGACUCAUUGCUGCCGGCUUGGGCCUCAAGGCACCAAAGCAGACCGAAGAGCAAAAGGCAUACCAAAGAUCAAUACGUGAACAAGAGAAGAAGAAAAAGGAUCAAGAAAAGGAAGAAGAGCAAAGAAGACUAGAAGAAAAACAAAAAGCGAAAGCGGCAAUCUGGGAUGAUUAACAUAGACAGCUUCAAAGGUAACGAUGUUCUUAGAAAGGUACACCUCACCACGCUAACAAUCCGGCUAUAGCAUGCAGUCCCAUAUUGCCCUGAAAAUAAAACAUAAUAAAUUCGUAACAGCCUUUGUUUUUGUUUUUUUUAAUUUUAUUUACGCGCGCGCGACGGACUAAGUGGCGGAGUAUGCGCAACUCGCUUCAACACUUGCAUCGUUCCAUGACCAAUUCUGACAAAUCCAUUUUCG